UAUCGUCUGCAGUGUUACUGAAGCAGUGGUCGUGGUUGGACAACAGCUGUGCCGUUGACGUACAUACACUUGGGCUGCUAAUACAAUCUUCAUCGCCAGCCCCUAUUAAUUUACUAAUAAAUCACAAUGGAGGCUGACCAACUCACCGAAGAACAGAUUGCCGAAUUCAAGGAAGCGUUCUCACUGUUCGACAAGGAUGGUGAUGGUACCAUCACCACCAAGGAGCUGGGCACUGUCAUGAGGUCGCUUGGUCAGAACCCCACAGAGGCCGAGCUCCAGGACAUGAUCAACGAAGUCGACGCUGAUGGCAACGGAACGAUCGACUUCCCCGAAUUCCUGACGAUGAUGGCGCGUAAGAUGAAGGACACCGACAGUGAAGAGGAGAUCCGAGAAGCCUUCAGGGUCUUCGAUAAGGACGGCAACGGCUUCAUUUCCGCCGCUGAGCUAAGGAGCUUUUGA